UCACUUCUCCGAUUUUGAAUUCGAUCAAAUUUCUGACUCCACGGCUGUGUAUAACUAUAUUCCGUUAUAUUCUUAAAAAGUAGUGUUUCCUAAAGAACGUGGGCCGAAGUCAUUGACUGGCGUUUUGGUUCAGCCGGCCCUGUCCAGCUGCUAAUAGCAAUAUUAGUGUUAGAGAAGAUAUGUUCCAGGUUGCAUUGAUCAGACAUCUUGUAAGCCCUUACACGGUUGCAGUUUGAAGCGUAGCGCCAAAAGAGAAUUCUAAAAUUAUAUCCUUUGAGCAAUCACCAUGAGAGCAAAUCUUAGAGCAUCAGUGAAGCUAACUUCACAUUCUUUUUCACCCCAUAUUCAUUCAGCAUGUACCAUACGAUCUUCAUCUUCUUUUUCUACAGCACACAAAGAGAAGACUUUCUUCCAACCCGCGAACAAAGACCAAAUGAUUACACGGUUAUGUAACGAAAACAAAUUCAACGAAGCCCUUCAAAUGCUUUGCGAGCAAAGGCGAUUGAAAGAAGCCAUUCAAUUGCUAGAACGUCCUGAAACACGUCCUUCAGCUACAGUAUUUUCAACCCUUUUGCGGAUAUGUAUAGAUAACCGGGCUCUUGAAGAAGGAAAGAGAGUUCAUAAAAUUAUGAAAUGUUCAGGUUUUAGACCUGGGGUUGUCAUUUCUAAUCGUGUUCUUGAUUUUUACUGUAAAUGUGAUAAACCCUUUGAUGCACAGAACCUGUUUGUUGAAAUGCCUGAGAGGGAUUUGUGUUCAUGGAAUAUUAUGGUUUCUGGGUUUGCUAAAUUGGGUUUGAUUGAUGAAGCUAGGAAGUUGUUCGAUGAAAUGCCUGAGAAAGAUAAUUUUUCUUGGACCGCCAUGAUCUCGGGUUAUGUGAGGCAUAAUAAGCCUGAAUGUGCAUUAGAAUUGUAUAGAGUGAUGCUGAGAGAUGAGAAUUUUAAGUGUAAUAAGUUCACUAUUUCGAGUGCCCUUGCUGCUUCUGCUUCUAUUCAGUCUUUACGUUUGGGUAAGGAGAUUUAUGGUCAUAUUGUGAGAACUGGGUUGGAUUCUGAUGCGGUUGUUUGGAGUGCUUUGAGUGAUAUGUAUGGAAAAUGUGGGAGCGUGGACGAAGCAAGGCAUAUUUUUGAUAGGACUAAAGAUAAGGAUGUUGUUUCAUGGACGGCUAUGAUCGAUAGAUACUUUGGAGAUGGGAGGUGGGAAGAAGGUUAUUUGUUGUUUUCAUGUUUGAUGUAUUCGGGAAUUAGGCCUAAUGAUUUUACCUUUGCUGGAGUUUUGAAUGCAUGUGCUCACCAAACAAAAGAGCAUUUCGGAAAACAAGUACAUGGGUACAUGAUGCGUAUUGGCUUUGAUCCUCUUUCCUUUGCAGCAAGUACCUUAGUUCAUAUGUAUGCCAAAUGUGGGAGUGUAGAUAGUGCAUACAAGGUAUUUAAGCGGCUCCCGAAGCCUGAUGUAGUUUCUUGGACCUCACUGAUUAAUGGUUAUGCUCAAAACAGCCAACCUAGUGAAGCUCUUCAGUUAUACGACUCCUUGCUUAAAUCUGGCACUCAGCCUGAUCAUAUUACAUUUGUCGGGGUUCUUUCUGCUUGCACUCAUGCAGGUUUAGUUGAUAAAGGGCUCGAAUAUUUCUACUCAAUAAAAGACAAGCAUUGUCUAACCCAUACUGCUGACCACUACGCUUGUGUGAUUGAUCUCCUGAGCCGAUUUGGCAGAUUUAAGGAGGCUGAAGAGAUUAUUAGUCAGAUGCCAAUGAAACCUGAUAAGUUUUUGUGGGCUUCCUUGCUUGGAGGAUGCAGAGUCCAUGGAAAUGUUGAACUAGCAAAGAGAGCAGCUGAAGCACUAUUUGAAAUUGAGCCCGAGAAUGCAGCUACUUAUGUCACCAUUGCAAACGUAUAUGCCACUGCUGGUAAAUGGACUGAAGUGGCAAAAAUUAGACGAGUCAUGGAAGAGAAAGGUGUGGUGAAGAAGCCUGGUAUAAGUUGGAUCAAUUUGCAGAGAAAAGACUACGUCUUUUUGGUCGGUGAUAAAUCACAUCCUAGAUCAAAGGAAAUAUACGAGUUUUUAGGCGAGCUUUGGAGGAGAAUGAAAGAAGAGGGAUAUGUCCCUGCUAUAGACAAUGUGCUACAUGAUGUGGAAGAGGAACAGAAGGAGCAAAAUCUUUCCUAUCACAGUGAAAAGCUUGCAGUUGCAUUCGGAAUUAUAGCAACUCCACCUGGAACACAGAUAAAGGUUUUUAAGAAUCUACGUACAUGUGUUGAUUGUCAUACUGCGAUAAAAUAUAUCUCUAAAAUAGAAGAGAGAAGAAUUAUCGUGCGAGAUUCCAGUCGGUUUCACUGUUUUGAAGGUGGGAGUUGUUCAUGCAAGGACUAUUGGUGAGUUUUCCCUCUGUUUUUGGAAAGAAACGGUUGGGUUUGUUUAAAGGUUAAGCCUUACAAGAUAAGGUGUAAUGUGAAUUGAGAAAUGCCAUGAAAAAUGAAACUUAAAAAAAAUCAUUUCUCUCUCAGUGGUAGUGAAGAGAGAGCUUUUGUGCUUUUAUCUAUAGAAGCACUUCUUCCAGCUCUUAAAAGAGAUGAGAAGAUAGUCUCCCUUGCACCAUUGUCAUCUUCGCUCGGUUUGGACAAAUGAUUGAUUGAUAAAAUUAUUUAACUGAGUUUGCGGAUUUUUCUAACA